AUGGCUGCAAAGCAUCAUCCCGACUUGAUUAUGUGCCGCAAGCAACCCGGCAUUGCCAUCGGGCGCCUGUGCGAGAAGUGCGACGGCAAGUGCCCCAUCUGCGACAGCUACGUUCGUCCGCACACGCUGGUGCGAAUUUGCGACGAAUGCAACUACGGCAGCUACCAAGGUCGCUGCGUCAUCUGCGGCGGCCCGGGCCUCUCCGAUGCGUACUACUGCAAGGAGUGCUGCCAGAUGGAAAAAGACAGAGACGGAUGCCCAAAGAUUGUGAACUUAGGGAGCGCAAAGACAGACCUGUUCUACGAGCGGAAGAAGUACAGCUUCAAACGCGGCUAA